AUGGCGGAUUCUGGGCACGGCAAAUGGGAUGUUAUCAACAACGGGACUUAUCGACUGAUAAGGAAAAUUGGGAGUGGUUCGUUUGGAACUAUAUAUUUGGGCCUGAAUACAAAAACUGGUGAAGAAGUUGCCGUCAAAGUGGAGACAAACCAGAUCAGGCAUCCACAGCUCAUGUAUGAAAGUAAAUUAUAUCGGAUUUUUAUUGGUGGUGUGGGAAUUCCACGGAUGAGAUAUUUUGGACGCGAGGGAGACAAUAGUUACCUUGUGAUUGACUUGCUGGGGCCAAGUCUCGAAGAUUUAUUUUUGUACUGCUCACGUCACUUCACUACGAAGACUGUUCUUAUGUUGGCCGAUCAAAUGAUAUCGCGGAUAGAAUUUUUGCAUUCGAAGUGCUAUUUGCACCGUGACAUCAAGCCUGAUAACUUUCUCAUGGGCAUGGGCCGUCAAUUUAAUAGGGUGUUCAUCAUUGAUUUCGGACUUGCUAAAAAAUAUAUGUGCUCAAAAACGAAGAAACAUAUUCCAUACAGAGAUAACAAAAAUCUGACUGGGACCGCUCGUUACGCCAGCAUAAACACGCAUGUUGGAGUUGAGCAGUCACGUCGUGACGAUUUGGAGGCUCUUGGUUAUGUUUUGAUGUAUUUUAGUCGGGGGAGUUUGCCAUGGCAGGGUUUGAAGGCGAAUACGAAACGCCAGAAGUACGAAAGAAUUAGGGACAAGAAGAUUGCCACCCCUCCUGAGGUUUUAUGUAAGGGUUUCCCAUCGGAGUUUGCCACAUAUCUUAAUUACUGUCGGAAUUUGCGCUUUGAAGAGACACCUGACUACUCUUACCUUCGGCAACUUUUCCGAGUACUAUUCAUCGACUUUGGGCACAAAAUGGACUAUGUUUUUGAUUGGCACCUACUCAAGCGUCAUCCGCCUGGCGGCAACUGCAGUUCAUCGAGCGAUGAGACUAUUGGUGCUGACGUGGGUAGGGGUGUGGUUCGUCGUCACGCAGCGACAAACCACACUUCUCUCCUCCCAGCGAAACUCGGCCGUGUUUCUAAUUCUGUUGGAAAUCAACAGCCUCCACCUCCGCACCGCCGUGGUAAGAACUCGGGCGAAGGCUGGUAG